AUGCCUACUCACGUCGUUGUUGGCGCCUCCCGAGGCAUUGGCUAUGCCUUCCUCGAAACCCUAUCCAAGGACCCCAACAACAAAGUCAUUGGCCUUGUGCGCACCGUGGAGCCUACCCAGAAGAAGGUCGAUGCCGACGGUCUGAAGAACGUCACGAUUCUGCACGCCGACCUGACAAAAUAUACCUCCCUACUGGAGGCCGCGAAAAAGGUGUCCUCCAUCUCCGAAUCGGUCGACUUCUUGUGGAACAACGGCGCCUACCUCUCCGAAUUGAUGGUUACCAAAUUCCUGACUGAUUUCGACCUGAGUGAGCACGACAAAAUGGUCGAAGACAUGCAACAUUCUUUCACAACAAAUGUCGUCGGCGUCAUUAACGCCAUCAACGCUUUCUUGCCCCUUGUCAAGAAGUCUUCCAUCAAGAAGGUCAUCACUAUCAGCACUGGCAUGGCCGACAACGACUUGGUCAGCAAGUACGGUAUCUGGGAGUCGGCCUCCUACUCCAGCAGCAAGGCCGCCCUCAACAACAUCAUCUGCAAAUACGACGCCAAAUUCCGUCCGGAGGGUGUUCUGUUCUUGAGCCUGAGCCCCGGUAUGGUCGACACUGGCGGCAAAAUUCCCGAGGAUAGCGAGUUGCCCCGGAAAUUCUUUGCCUACACUCCCAACAUGGUCGCACCAAUCACCCCGGCCCAGUCGGUCAAUUACAUGCUGAAAGUCGUCGAUGCUUCCACCGCAGCGCAGGAUGGAGGACAGUUCUACAGCCACCUGGGUAAGCACCAGGCCUGGCUCAACACCGCCUGA